AUGUCAUCAAAGCAAAGAGAAGACUUGGUCGUACCGUAUGUUCAACAGCCAGCACAAUGGGGUCCCAAAAAAUAGGACAACAGUGCAGUACUAACGCUCAUUCGUUCAGUUACAAGCAUGUCGCUUCCAAACCCAGAAGAGACGCAUCCAACAUCAUAGCGCAAUCGUUGCCCAUGGCAGCGAUGUUCAUGAAGAACAAGGUCUUGGCGUGGGCAGCCUUGUUCCUCGCAGUGCAAUCGUAUUUGCAGGAGCCGAUCAACAAGCCCCAGACGGAUGACAAGGGACAAGCUGAACAACCAGCGUUGUUGAGAAUUUUGUUUGCUGUGGCUGCAGUGGGAACUUGCUAUAUGGACCUUUUCUUUCCCUCGACGAAUCCAGCGUUGAGAAAGGCUGCUAGUGUUGCAACGGAAACAAUGACUACGAUAGCUGCGGCUGCUACUAGCUAA